GUUUUUAGGUUUUCAACUAAAAACCUAAAAACGCACCCCUAAACUGAAAUUUCCCCAUCAGAGCCAAAAAAUUCGCGAGUGCCAUCGAUAAAAUCCCACCACCCAACUGUUAAAAAAAUAAAUAACAAGUAAUGCAGACUGCCAAGUGCUCCCUAGCCCUCGCAUCCUCGUCCUCUCAAUUCCCAACAAAAUUCCUGGAGCCAAUUCCCUCGUGUGUGUUUACAUAGUGAACCGAUAGACACUGUAAGGACCACAACACGAAUGACCUUGAAAGGCCCAGGUCUCACGUGACCGGCAGGCGAGUGGGAAGAGGCGUUCGUAACUGCGCCGUCCGCGCAUUGCCCAACCGAAUUGUUCACCCAUAUACCCAACAAAAACACACACACACACAACACACACAAAAAACACUUUUUAAUCCUCGAUUUUGUUCUCUUUCUCCCACUCUCCGUCAUCCGGUAUUUCCUCGAGUAACAGGAAGGGUGCGUGUGCGUUUGCGCAGAUAAGUACGCGCGUGCGCCCUCGAGUUGCUUUCACUGUAUUCUCUCUCCGGUACAAUACACACACGCGGGAGGAGCAAUUACCGAGCACAUAGUCUAGCCCAAGGGGUCCAGAACAGCACUACACACUCGCAUCUUUUCUCAGUGAAAAGACUGGUGGCUUCUCGCACGCUGCUGCGUAUCGAGCAACGUCAAGUGCGUGAAACAUCCACCACUGAUACAACAGUGGUAUUCACCAGUGUAUUCGGUCGAUAUUAUUGUAGUGGGUACAACAGUGACGAUUGUCCCCCCCUGGGACUCAUCGAAUCGCGGUUUUGCCGCGGAGUGAGGAGUGGGCACAACUUUGCCCCGAAUAUUAAUCAUAAUAGUGUUGUUGUGAGAGGGCCACUCAGUGGUGUGUGAUUUUUGGGAGUUUAAUUGAGUGGAUUCAACGGUCUAGUGGGGUCAUUGGAUAUUAUAUCGUUGCUUUGGCCCCACGCCGUUUAAUUGCAUUCCCAUAUAUGUGGGUGUCUCAGCAUCAGAGACGCGGGAGCGUUUUGUGUUGUUGUGAUACAGUGGUGGUAGCGACAUCCACGAGUAAAACUAUAACGAUAAACAUCACGAAUAGAGAAACGACGACGGCAACGGCGGUGGCGGCGCCGCUGUGUGUUGUUGUCGCACGUCCACCAAGAUGAAGUCCGACUCGAAACCUUUGUUGACAGCACAAGCGGAAAAGGCUAAUCAUUAUACAUACUUGAAGGAGUUCCGCGUUGAACAAUGCCCGUUAUUUAUCCAACGAAAAUGCACACAGCAUCGGCCAUUCACGUGCUUCAACUGGCACUUUAUGAAUCAGAGGAGACGCAGACCGGUCAGAAAAAGGGACCGCACCUUUAAUUAUAGUGCUGACAAUUAUUGUACUAAGUACGACGAGACUACCGGCAUAUGCCCUGAUGGAGACGAGUGUCCAUUUCUCCAUCGAACAGCCGGAGAUACAGAGAGACGUUAUCAUCUAAGAUACUACAAGACUUGCAUGUGCGUGCAUGAUACAGAUACCCGCGGUUUUUGCGUUAAAAAUGGGCCCCAUUGUGCAUUUGCCCACGGUAAUCACGACCUCCGUCCUCCAGUAUACGACAUCAAAGAGAUACAAGCUUUGGAGAAUCCCGAUUCAGAUCCAAAUUCAUCAUCAAAUGGACCAAAUAUUCUGGAUAAAGAACGAAACUUGAUGAAUGAGGAUCCAAAAUGGCAGGACACUAAUUAUGUUCUUAGCAAUUAUAAGACAGAGCCUUGCAAGAGACCACCGAGGCUCUGCCGGCAGGGCUAUGCUUGCCCACAGUAUCACAACAGCAAAGAUAAACGGCGAAGCCCACGAAAAUAUAAAUAUCGCUCAACGCCCUGCCCGAAUGUAAAGCACGGAGAGGAAUGGGGUGAGCCAGGUAAUUGUGAGCAGGGCGACGCCUGUACGUACUGCCAUACUCGUACAGAGCAACAAUUUCAUCCAGAAAUUUACAAGUCAACCAAGUGUAAUGAUGUCCAGCAAGCUGGUUAUUGUCCUCGUGGAGUAUUCUGCGCCUUCGCACACGUUGACCUGUUGCCAACAGAAGAAAUGAGUCUUGCCCGGGAUAUGGGGGUACCUUUAGAUUGUGGCACCAAUCUAGCUGAUAUUCUCAACAGUGCUCUCCCACCUGACAAAAGGUCAAUGGAAAAGGACAAGCCACAGAGCGAUAGCAGUUUUCCACCAUUGCAGAACGGCAGUGGAGAGGUUUCUGAGUCUGCUAGUACAAGUAGCCUUGGAAGUAAUAGCUCCCAUAGUAAAGCACCCGGAGCACAACUCCAUAAUUCCAGUUCAAAUUCUGGAAUAAAUCUUUCAUCGCAACCAAAGCUCAGUAAUAUGCUUUAUAAUCCUGGUUCCCUUUUGCAAAUUAGUGAAAUUCGAAAACAAAUGAUGGCAAUAGAGAGUGAUCCACUCCUGACAAAAUCGGAGAAGGCUCAACGCAAGCAAAGUCUCUACAUAGCCUACGGUCUGAACGGAUCACUAGGAAAUCACUCAUUGACAUCAACCGUAUCUUCACUAUCAACGAAUUCAUUUUAUCCCAAUGAUACUGUAGAAUCUGUUGUUGGUAAUGCACUGGACGAGUUGCACUUGGACGAUCCAUUGAAUCUAGUCGAUUCAAUCCAUAGGGAUUCAAAUUCACCGAUCAGUAAUUCGAUAUCAGCUGGACUAGCCAGUUCAGGAUUACUCGGGAGUUCAGCACCAGUUAAUAUACCAAGAAUGGCCGAGCGUUCGGGCCUUUCAAAUUUUUCACCAUCAACUUCAAGUCCAUUGCAGCAUUUACAAUCAGCCGGUUUUCUCACUGGAUCAAGAUUUUCACAUCAGGAUUCAAUAGAAUCGACAAUGCCUUUUAUGAGCCACUCAGUUUCAGAUCCAUUCAGCAAUCAUAUCUCACAACUCAGCAGCUCAGCCUCUAAACUCAGUGGCUUCAACAAUAGUUUAUUUGAUUUUGCUAAUCAGGGUCUUUCACCUUCACGCACACAACCACUACCAGCAUCACCUCUUGUUAAUGCAUUCUCAGUGAGUCCCAGUAAUACGGGAUCACUCUCAGAAUUGCAGCGAUUGAGGGAGGAAUUAUCGUCAAGUAGGGCUCAACUUGCUACUUGGGAUGAGAGAAUAAAUCAAGCACGUGCGGCAUGCGCUGCCUGGCAUUUAGAGAGCGAAGAGGCUAAGAGAAAAGCUUCAAUUGCUGAACAACAGAGAGACGAUGCGCUCAUGCAAGUCAAAGCCUUGAGAGUUGAGAAUGAGGCUUCUAGUAGUAAUGGAACGUAUAUUCAUACGCUCAAAGGAACUGGAGAGUUGAGGAGUUUAUCCAUAGCCACUUUGAAAUCUAUUCAAUCACAGUUACGACAAGAUCUCGAGGAAGUGGAGAAAGUGUUGUAUAGGGAAACCGCAACGAAAUGCAUGGUCUGUGAGGAACAAAAUCGCGCUGUUACAUUGUCGCCAUGUAAUCACUAUGUGGUAUGCUCGACAUGUGCGCCUAAUCAACGUGAGUGCCCUUACUGCCAGACACCUGUUGUUUCGACAAGUUAGGUCGGGUAUUCCCUCGUGUCUUGUCACUCAUAAUUCAUCAAACACGAGGAAAUACUGAUGAGAAAGAAGAUUACUCGUUUUCUUGAUUCAUUUGUCGUAACGUGAUAGCACGCAGGAUUAUUGGAGGCAAGAAAAUCAUAGGACUAAAAACCCACAUUGAAAAGAUAAUAAGAAGCAAAAAAAUUAUAAUGAAUGUAGGUAAACGCAACAAGACAACAACAGAGAAUAAUAUACUUAGGCUUAAGUAUAUUUCCAUCAUGCAUUACAAUAAUAGAUGACAUGUCACAUAUUUCAUUUCGUAUGAAAUUGUGAACUCCUCAUUUGCGGAAAAUUAUUAAAUUUUAGAAAGAUAUUUUUUUAAAUCCCAAUGCAAUUACAACAAUUGCGCAAAAUGAAAAACUCAUGAAUUUUUCAGCUUCAAUAUUUCUGUUUUCUUAAGAUAAUUUUUAUCAAUCGUACUAAAAGGAUAA